AUGGCUGAUCAAGCUCGGAAGAAACAAUUAUAUCGCCCUGCUGUUCUACAUCAGCAUAUACCCAGCAGCCCAACAAGGAAAACGUUAAGCCAAGGCUAUUUGAUCGCUCAGAUCAGUAAUGGCGACAAUGCUUUCCCAGAAGAUCAGAAUAAAACGGAGACGAAGCGGUCCUUAUUUCAAUCUGUUAAUACGAGCGUUCAACCGAUAGUAAAGGGAAAUGAUAAUUAUCAAGACGAUGUCUCCCUUUUUUCUGAUGAAGAAGAAAGUCAACAAGAUCCAAAGGACCUUACUGUCAUUGAAGGAACAGCACUAUCUAAAGAUGCAAUGAGAUCAAAUAUACAGAGUAACAUAAUGGCAAAUCAAAAUGCAAAUGAUGAAAGAUAUCGCGAUACCAGUAGCGAUGAUGCCAAUUUUUCUAAGCAAACAAGAGCUGCAUUGUCAUCGUUAAUGGCAAAUUCUCCAACGCCUAAAGUUGGCAACUCUCCUGUUCUAAUUGUUGAUGCCCUUGGUCGUACUGCCGAUCCACAGGCAACGGAAGUUGCCGUUGUAACUACCGUAGCGAAAUCAGCUGCUAAGGUUGUCUGCCAUUCUCCUUCUGAAAAAAAUUCUAAUAAAGACGAUAGUGUUCACGUUACUGCUGUUCCUCGUGUACGAAUUAAAAUCGCUGACAGAAUUGCUGAAGAAGAAAGGAAACACGAAGAAGUGGUAGAUAACGUAUUAGCAUUGGAAUCUGCCAGUAGCGUUGAUAAUACAAAAGUAAAGAUUAACGAUAUUGAAGCUCAAGCCCGAUAUGUUGCUUCCCGUUAUCUGAGCGGAAUAUCUACGAAUAGAACAAAAACAACUACGGUUGGUAAAUCUCAUUCGAAAGCUGAAAAGGGACCUAUGAUUGGUCGCCAUGAUCUACAUGCUACUAGGACUACUCCAAAAACUUCAAAUACCGGUAUUACAGCAAAAUCUUUUUCGCGACUAGGAAAGAAGCAAGAUGUCAUGGCUUCUACCCCUAGCGAUCGACAACAGGCCAGUAAACUGCGAACUGUCAGAACACCGCAAGACUUCAGUAUUAGGAGGAGCCGCAAUACAAAAACUCCAAUUGCUUCUGCCAGUAAGCGAAAACCACCCAUAAAGGUCUUGCCUACGGAUAAAAAGGAAACAGCUAAUACCACAGUUGACAACAAAGCGGAAACGAGAAUACAAAUGGAAAAGAAGAAAGGAUCUAUUGAAGUGACACAAUCUGAACUGGACUUAGUUUACGCUCGUUUGAUGCAGUGGGUAUUUGCCUAUCAAAAGCUGAAGCACACAGUCAAUACCCAAGAAAAAGAAGCCAUGAACCAAAUUUUUUCCAUGUGGAAGUAUCUUCAUCAGCAAAAUAGGAAACUGACUCAAUUAAAGUUAGAACUUCAACUAGCCAAGCAUACGUCUCUACUAGAUGAUGUCCUAGACAUGCAGAAAUCUGAACUUCAAGUUAUUGGAGAUCUAUUACCGAGAGUUAAGUCGGAUUAUAGCAAUCUUGCGAAAGGCCUAGAUGCUGUCAGCCAUGUUUUACGUACAAAAGGCAUACUAUACAUGGACGAUCAUGAUGAAGUAAUAAGUGCGUUAGGAGAAAGUGAAGAAUUAUUGGGAGAAAUUAUAAGUAUUACCCGACAUAAUCAAGAAAAUGUAACAGCAGUUUCCCAGUCAAUGUGUGGUUUAGCUGAUAAAGCAACUGUCGAAGGCAAAGAGUUGCAUAGGUGUGAGGAGUUACUUGGUGCGCUUUCUACUCUAGUAGUCCAGGAAAGCAGUUUAAGAGUGCAGGAAAUUGAAGAAAGUCGAGCUGAUUCUAACGAAAUUGAUAAUCUAUCUUUGCAUUCCAUGCAUUUUUGA